AUAUUUUUUUAUCAUCUAUCUAUAUAUAAACCAAAAGCCCUAACUCCCCCGAAAAACCAAAAGCGGAAGUCUUUACUCCUCUGCGUAACUCUUCAUCAGGUUUCUUUUGAAAACCCCUCCCUCCCCAAAAAAACAUGUCUCGCGUAUACGUUGGUAACCUUGGGCCACGAGUUUCGGAGCGGGAUCUUGAAGACGAGUUUCGUGUCUUUGGAGUUAUUCGAAGCGUAUGGGUUGCACGAAGGCCACCGGGUUAUGCUUUCAUUGACUUUGAUGAUCACAGAGAUGCUGAGGAUGCAAUUCGAGAAUUAGAUGGCAAGAAUGGCUGGAGAGUUGAGCUUUCUCGUAAUUCUAGAGGCAGAGGUGGACGCGGAGGCGGUAGUGGAGGUGGUCAUGGGCGCUUUGGCGGUUCUGAUUUGAAGUGCUAUGAGUGUGGUGAGCCUGGUCAUUUUGCUCGAGAAUGCCGCAUGCGUGGUGGUUCAGGAAGACGUCGCAGCCGCAGCCGCAGUCCUAGAUAUCGUAGAAGCCCAAGCUAUGGGCACAGUUACAGUCCUCGUGGACGAUCCCCAAGACGUCGCAGUCUCUCUCCUCGUGGGCGUAGCUACAGCAGGUCUCCCCCGUACCGUGGUCGUGAGGAAUUGCCAUAUGCUAACGGAAAUGGUGUAAGGGAAACCCGUCGGAGCAGGAGCUAAGUAACACAAGGAUGUACCUUUUAUGUGAGGAGACUGGGAUUAAGUGUGUUUAGUUUGUUUGGACUUCAAUGCUACUAUUUUUAAUUGGGCAACGCGUUCAGCCUCUUGGAUUUGGAUAAGUUCCUUUCUGAUUUUCUUUAUUCUAUGGUGGUUUUCUUUGCUUUUAUCUAUGAUAAAUAGUUCUAUUUUCUGCUUAGGAUAAAAGAAUCUUAAGAUUACGUAUAUAAAUUUAUUGAGAAAUCAUUCCAGGGACUCUGCUAAAAAUUCAUGUUUUUCUUUUUUUGUUGAGGUGUCUUCUGCGUCUGCCUCAUUGCUUUUCUGCUUCUACACUCCCCUGGGAUUUACUUCUUUGCUGCCCGGCUAUGGGAUCUUCAAUACUUGAUGAUUGUGGGUCCCAUUUAGCAUCAUCUCUAUUUGCUACGGCUUGAAUGAAUGUCGCCAGCUGUGAUGCAGGUUCCUCAAACUCUAGUGGCAUUUCAUUAUCUUAAAAGGAUCUAGGAGAUGCGUCAAAUGCUUCUGGCAGGUACUUGUAUCUGUUCUACAGAAGUUGAUGUUUAAGGAUCCUUGCAAGACUGGGAUUGGUAAUAUAGAGAUCUAAUUUCAUUUCAAACUUUUAGAAGUGACAACAAAAUAUUUAGAAGGAUGCAAGGAUACUUAAUGUUUUUUCAACCCGUUUUUGGUCAUUCAGCUGACAAGCAACAAUAAAUUUGGAGUCUUCCAUUUCUAUUGGGUUGGAAAGUUGGGAUGCUGAACUCGCAUUUCUUCCUUAGUAUCUGCAUCUAGAUCCAGAUGAUUAUACUGGUAAAAUGAGUCAGUUUACUGAUAAAAAUGUCAUGGCCAAAAACCCUCUGAUUUUUUAAGUUUAUAAUAUACAAUUUAUCGACCCCUUGCCGAAUCAAACAUUAUUUUGAUCGAUUUAAAAUAAGAACGAAUAAAAAAUGUCAUUAGUGUGAGUAACAGCUAUCACAUGGCUGCCUGCCAAAGAUGCAUAUUUAUCAUCUUACGAUAAAUAUGCAAUGCCUUUUCUGUCUCUCUCAUGUGGAAACAAUCAAUCUUAAUAUUAGGUAGGAUCAUUGAUAUUCAAUCAAUUGGAAUGCAUAAUAAAAGUUUUUAAUAAUAAAAAUUGUAUUUUGAAUAUCUAAGAGCCCUUAAUUACAGAGUGUUGAAUGACAUUGCCAACAACUAAUUAGCUGCUAAUAUUUUCCUUGAUUUAAAAAAAAAA